UAAGGGCUGGACUGGAGCGCAGCUGAGACUGGAGUUUACAGCUGGGCCGAGGGCUCCGCCGAGCUGAGGUUCAAGGUUGAACUCUACAAGGAAGAGUCCUGUGGAAGAACUGCGCUGAGAGCGAUGUGGGUCAGGACUACACUAACGAUUCAAAGAUGGACAGAGGAAAAGACUGACUUUUGCGAUGACAGCGACAGCAGCGAUAUAAACAGGUUACCCAGCUGGGAGAGAGAACCUCUGCUGGCUAGCGUGGCAUCCAGCACUGACUUGUCUACCUUUUCCUCAGAAGGUGAAUGCAAGGAGAAUGACAGGUGCUGCUGGAAACAUAAAAAAUGUGCUGGGCACAUCAUUCAUCCCUUCCUGGACUAUGGCCACCGCAACCUGCACCUCCACUCUGUCAGCCACUGUGACUGUGAUUCUAGGCUGAAGGACUGCUCAGAGAAGACAAAUAGCAGCAGCUCCCAAGACGAGGGCCCCACCUGCUCCAGAGAUGUAGGCUCAACCUGCUUCAACAUCAUCCAGACCCCUUGCUUUGAGCUUAUUCCAGAGGAGGAGUGUGUAGAGCGCUUCUGCUAUGGCUGGUGCAAAAGCUACAAGCCUGUCUCUGUGGCAGUAAUUCACCAUCCCAUCCACCAUGAGUGUGAGGAAGAUGACCUAAAUGAAGAGGAAGAAGAAGAGGAGGAAGAAAGCCAGCCUCCCAUCCCAACUCAGCUGGGACCCACUGCCACGCCCACUGACCAAGGCACCUGCACAGCCACUGUGACCCCUGACUCAGCAGCACCCAUCACCAUCUGGCGCUCUGAGAGCCCUACAGGGAAAAGCCAGGGAAGCAAAGUGAUCAAGAAGGUAAAGAAAAAGGAAAAAGAGAAAGAGAAAGAGGAGACACCAGAUGAGAAGGCAAAGCUGAAGAAAAAAGCCAAGAAGGGCAAGUUGACUAAGAAGAAAAGCCCGGUGAAAUCGGAGUCUUCACCUCCAGACUUGAGCCGAUCAUUAAGCCCAAGGGAGUUGGCCAGAAUGUCAGAAUCCAGCCCAGAGAGCCGGGAAGAGCUGGAGAGUGAGGACAGUUACAUUGACCGGGGGCAGGAACCCUCCAGUGAGGACAUUUUGGAAUCAUCAUCACCCAGGAAAAGAGAGAAAAACACUGCCCAGGCCAAGAAGCCUGGGGUUAAUAAGACCUCACAAGCCAGAAAAGUGUCCAAAAGGAAAUCUCCCCCAGUGUCCAACCCCAAUUUUAGUUGAGGCCAGGGCAACCAGAGUGAAGAAUAAAUGCCAUCAAGCCUGUAGCUGACCCCCUAACUGCUAUUCUCUCUUUCUCCAACAGGGCCACUUCUUGGGGGGAGGGGGCAGGCUCUGUGCUUACCACAGCCAAGGGGCCAGGGGCUGCAAGGAUUCUCUCUCAAAGGGCAAUCCAGUUUUCAAGGAGGAAGCCCAUGGGAAGUUUGGUGAGAGGGAGAGGGCACAGGAUUGUUUUAUGGUAACAUCUUAGGACCAGGGUAAAAGAGUACAUCCAGCAUGGAGGCAGGUUUCCCACCCCUGGGAGUCUGUUGUGUGAAACCCACUUCUGGGAUAGGCAGCACUUAUGCAGUGAUAGCUCCAAUAAACUGAACCGCAUCACCCACUCUGCCACUGUGCUUGGCCUUUCCCUCAACUAGUGGCCAUGGGGAAGAGGCUUGUGGUACCAAGGGAGCAUGACCUUCCCAGCUGGUAUGGUCCUGCUCCUGCUAGACCCUUGCAGACCUUUUGUGCUAUAAAGGAAGCAAAAUUGAGUUCCCACCAGACCAGCCUCUUCCCUUAGCUCUUGCCAGUACAUAGCCAAAAAAAGCAGGGGUAGGAGCUCAUCAGGUAUGGCAGUGACCUUUUCUGACUCCUCUGUAGAGUCCCAAGCAGAAGGGAGUGAGGGGCCCUCACUCUUCUAGCCCUGACUUACAGUACUACAAGAUGAAGUCCUUGUGAAGAAGCAGGGAGAUGAGUUUAGAACAAAAAAAAGUGGUAGGGCUGAAUGGUCCCAAGCCAAGAAUGAGGGGAGGGGUGGGCCUCCCCUGCAACUUGUCAACUUCUUUUUCCAGGCCUCUUUGUGUGAGACAGAGCAGGCGGUUAUGGGACUCAUCCUGGGGUAGAAACCCCUAACUGGCUCAGGUGGUCAGGAGCCAAGGCCCAGCAGGGAAAAGGAAAGAAGGGGUUGCAGGGGCUCAAGCUGAGAAACCCAGAUUUACUUCCUUUCUCUUACUAUGCAGGGAAGAUAGGUAGCACAGUGGACAGGGCAGCUGUGUGUAUAAUGACAGCAGCUAAUAUUUACGAGGUGUCAGGCCCUGGCUGAACAAUUCAUACUGUCCUCAUAGACUGAGGCAGGUGUCACCAUCUUCCUUUCAGAUAGCCAGCCUAAGACAUAAGAAGUUAACAUAGGGUCACAGGGCUCAGAAGAAACAGAGAUAUAACCCCAAGGAGUCUGAAUCCUCACCUGACAGAUUGGGGGAGAGAGUUGA